AGAUACUGUUUUUGCUUUAGCAAAAGUGAUGAGAAAUUGAACUUUCACUUCUUCCCAUCCAUUACUGAUCAAUGGCUUCUGUGCAAAUCCUGUGUGCAUGCACAUGUAGUAGCCAUGUUCAACACCAGGGUUCAAUCAGAUACAGAUAUGGAUACCCCAGUGAGAAGAUGAAUGAGAGAAGGUGUUCAGUUAGAGUUAAAGGUGGGAAUGGAAUGGUUGUUCCAAGUUCAGAGGAAGAGAAGAGGAAGCUGAGAGUGUUGGUGGCUGGUGGAGGCAUUGGUGGCCUUGUUUUGGCUCUGGCUGCAAAGCACAAAGGGUAUGCAGUGAAGGUGUUUGAGAAGGAUUUAAGUGCUGUUAGAGGUGAAGGUAGGAACAGAGGCCCAAUUCAACUCUUGAGCAAUGCCCUUGCUGUACUGGAAGCCAUCGAUAAGAGUGUUGCAUGGCAGAUAAUGGAGGCUGGCUGUGUCACUGCCAAUAGGACUAAUGGCUUUGCUGAUGGUUUAUCUGGAGAAUGGUUCGGUGAGUUUGAUCUUUUGACUCCUGCUUCAAGGAAGAGGCUUCCUCUUACCCUAGUCAUAUGUAGGAUGACACUGCAAGAUAUAUUAGUCAAUGCAGUUGGUCUAAACAUACUAAGAAACAAAUCUAAAGUUGUGGAUUUUAUUCAGGAACCUAGCAAGGUUAGAGUGAUCCUUGAAAAUGGUGAGCAACAUGAUGGUGAUAUCUUAAUAGGAGCAGAUGGAAUAUGGUCUGAAGUUCGUUCGAAACUCUUUGGGCGCCAAGAAGCAAAUUACUCAGGUUUCACAAGCUAUAGUGGAUUAACAAGUUAUGUACCACCGUAUAUUGAUACAAUUGGGUAUCGAGUGUUCUUGGGCAUGAACCAGUANUUUGUUGCUUCAGAUGUUGGCCAUGGAAAGAUGCAAUGGUAUGCUUUCCAUGCGGAACCCCCAUCAAAUGAUCCUUUCCUAGAAGUUUCAGCAGGUAAGAAGAAGAGGCUUUUGGAUCUCUUUGGUAAUUGGUGCAAUGAAGUGAUUACAUUAAUAUCAGAAACACCAGAGAAUAUGAUUCUGCAGAGGGACAUAUAUGAUAGAGACAUGAUCAACACUUGGGGAAUUGAUAGAGUGACUUUGUUGGGUGAUGCGGCUCAUCCAAUGCAACCAAAUCUUGGUCAAGGGGGUUGCAUGGCAAUAGAGGAAAAUCUCACGAUAAUUUUUUUUUGUGAGAGAGAUGGAAAACGUAGUCAAUGGGAUAAGUGUGCCACAAUUGUCGGAAAAUAUCAAUUACGACAAUUGGUCUUUACAAAUGAAGAUUCUUCUUGGAUUCCAAGAUGUAUGGGACAUAGUGGAGGACGGUACAAUGAACCUGCGAAUGAUGAGCAUCAGGCAGUGAACCAGAUUGCUGCAUUGAAAAAGACACGAGUGAAAGACAGAUCACCUUUGUACUUUUUGUAUAUGAAUCUGGGUUCGAGAAAAUAGCUAAUGCAAAGUCACCAAAAAAAGCAUGGCAAAUUCUGAAGGUGACAUACAAAGGAGAUACCCGCGUGAAACAGGUCCGAGUACAAGCUCUCAAAAGAGAGUUUGAACAUAUGGAGAUGAACGAAAAUGAGGAAGUUGUCGAGUUUAUAGCUUGAGUGCAGAAGGUGGUCAACCAACUGAGAAUGAACUGAGAAGAGAUUCUUCCUAACCAAGUUGCGGAAAAGAUCUUGAGAAAUCUGACGUCGUGAUCACUAUUGAAGAUAUAAAGAAUUUGUCAACUCUCAUUGUGAAGGAGUUAGCUGGGUCAUUAAAAGCUCACGAAUUGAGGAAGAAAAAGAAAAAGAGGAAACCCUACGAUCAAGCAUUACAAGAACAGUUUGACUCGAAUAAAUCUCGAAUUACUCAAAGCCGAGGUCCUGGUAAAAGAGGGCAAGGAGGCCGAGGACGAGUUGGAGAGAUUAGGGAUGUUUACUAUGCUCCGGAGCUUAAGAGCAAUGUUUUAAACAUGGAUAAGAUAAUUGAAAAAGGUAAUUCAGUUUUUAUGAAAAAUCAGGGUAUUGUAUUUAAAGGAUAAGCAUGGUCUUAUAACAACCCAGGUAAAAGCAAAGAAGAACUAGAGCUGAAAAUCUUGGAGAGAAGAUAUUUGAAACAAGAUAUGAUUAGCAAGAGCUUGGAUAACUCCAACUCAAAUUUGAUUGAAAGAAGCAAACCCGGUGUGGUAUGAUGCACAUGGAAAACCGACUUAAGGAAAGAAGAAUUUAAGUUUAUGGGAGAGUUUGUUGGGAUAAACUUAAAUUUUAGGGUUUUAUUAAUAAUUUUUUUUAAAUAUUAUUUUAUUAGUUUUUGGAUCUAUUAAUAUUUAGUUAGAUUUUGAUUGAGAUAAAUUAGGGAUACGUAGUUAUGAUUUUCGGUUUAUCUAGGAACAAUAUUAUUUUAUGACAGA